UCUAGCGCGCGGGCGGAGAGCUCGGUGGAUCUUAGGGGCGAUGUUUCCCGUUGAGUUCGGAGCCCGACCGCGGACCCGGGAAGCCAGCCCCACAGAACACAAGAAGUGGGUGCAAGUGUUUAAAGCAUGCGACGAAGAUAACAAAGGCUACCUGAGCAGAGAGGACUUUAAGGUUGCUGUUGUAAUGCUGUUUGGGUAUAAGCCCUCCCAGGUAGAAACCAAUUCUGUGAUGUCUUCAGUAACUCCAGGCACUUCCGGCAUACCACUUCAGGAGUUUUUAAAUAUAGUAAGGAAAAAGAAGGAAGCGCAAAUCUUUCGGAAUGAAAUCAGACACAUCUUCACAGCUUUUGACAGGCAUUAUCGUGGCUAUUUAACCUUGGAGGAUUUCCAAAAAGCGUUUGGCCUGGUGGCUCCCAAGUUACCUGAGAGGCUCGUGCUCGAGGUGUUCAGGGAAGUAGAUCAGGACUCAGAUGGUCAUGUGAGCUAUAAAGACUUCGAGUACGCCCUGAACUAUGGACAGAAUGAAGACGAGUGACCGGGUCCUGCUCUGGGGACUUCAGGGAUAGCCGGCAGGUUGCAGUGAUUUGAGUGUCAUCACGACUUGCCAUUGUCCAUCAAUUUGAAUAUCAGUCACAUACUUGUAAUGAAACUCCUAAUUUUUUUCUGAUGAGUACAUUUAAUUCAAAUACAUUUGCAUGCAUAUUAAUUGCACAUAUUUUGGAAAAGAUACCACAUGCUAUUUUUUCUUAUUAAUGAUUACUUAUUUUUUUGAUGCAUGGAAUUAUGUACAUACAAAUAUACAUCGUUAUUUAAAAAAGGACACUCAUAUUUGAAAUCUUAGACUAAUGGAAACAUAGUGAGUUUGUAAUUUUUUCCUACAAGAUUAAUUGACAGCUGUUAUAAGCAUUUUAUAUAGUCAGGGUCAGAAUUUAACAAAAGUUUUGUUUGUUAAAAAAUAAACCAGAUAAUAAAUACUUUGUGGACAAUACUAUCUUUAUUCCAGCUAUUUAACUUUGGGAAAACAGUCAUAUUCACUGAAUAGUGCAUAAGUAAGUGAGUAAGUAUGAUUGUGCUUCAAUAAA